AACUUCUCUUUUACUGUUUCAUUAUUCGUCUUCUAGCGGAAGGAGAAAAGUAAACCUCUUAUGUGAGCUCUCCCGUUAAAACACUCAGCUCCAUCUCUCUCUACUGUCGUCUGCCAUCCCUUCACCCGCGAAUUCCUCCUCCUCCGACCGGACUCUGUCUGUCCUCUCACUCCCAUUCCCCAAAUCUCACCCCACUCUCACACGCCAAAUUUGCACGCAAUUCACUUCAACACUCCAACGAAGCCACCUACCUCUCCCCCAUUCUUCUUUCCCAUUCCCAUUCCCAUUCCCAUUCCCCCAUACCACCUCCAGAGUGGCAGAACCUUUUACGCCAGUGGCCUUUCAUUUUCUUCAUCUCUGUUGAUCUUCCCCGUUUGAAUCCCUAGCUGGCCGGUCGUAACUCCACUAACGUUUAGAUAAUGUAUCCACCAAGGUUACAACAACAAGAUGAGGGAACAACAUUGCCAGCACACAUCCAAUAACAAGGAUAAAGAAAAAGCUACUGCUGCCGGCAGAGUAGUCGAAUUGCUGCCAUGGAGAGAACUUCAGUCAGAAGCCAUUGUUGCAUGCAGGUUCAACGUUCACCUUCUAUGUUGUCUAUCAACCCCCUUGGACAAUGAAGAUUGGGAAGUUUUAGUAGAGUGUUCGCUCCGGAGCAAGAAGAAAUAAUCCAAGGAGCCUGAUGACCUGCCCUUCUCCCACCUGAAGACAAAGUCUUCUAAGAGCAAGCCUGUGGUGAAGAAACUCUUCAAUGAAUGAAAGUAUACUACCUUUUGCAUCCAUCUUUUCCGUCUCGAUCCUAUUUUAUGAUGCCAUGACAAUGAUCUUUUGCUGGUUGGGGCUGCCAACUGCCAUAAUAUGAACCCUGUUUCUCAUUCCAUGUUGUAAACUGUCUUUUGCUUCAGGGAUUGAUACUUCUCUCUCAUCCUCAUGUAAUGACUCCUCAUGUGUGUUCACCAUGACUAUUGGCAAUCUAAAUGUUGAAUUCAUACUUCCUUUUAGGCCGGUCAUACAAUGUGUUUUGACCUUCUUUAAAAAAUUGCAGAGUCUUUCAAUUUUCAACUUUCAGUUUUCUUCUGCCAUUUCAAAUCUAUUCGGUUGAAUUUGACAUCAUAUUUGCUCUGUAAUUUAGAGUGGUUUGCUUUCGAACCCUUUGUAGUUUGUUGGACACAACUAUUGUGAAUAAUAGGUAUAAGUUCUU